ACUUCUUAACAGAUACGCCAACCAAUGUCAAAAGACGUUUUAUUUUUUAUUCUCCUGCCUUUCGCGGUAGGGGCUAAGGUGGGGAAAAAACACACACACACAAAACACUAGAAUGGGAGAAGUGCUCAACCUAAUGAGCAAUGAAACUGCCAUUACAACAUAAUGACCUGCAUCUGAGAAAUUGAUAGUUCUGCUUGAGAAAUGAAAAUGUGACAUCAGCAAUAUUUUACAAGUGUUAACUCCUGGGGUUCAUACUGCCAAAUUCCAGGCAAUUGCUUUGUAAAUAAAAUUGAAAGCUUAUUACAAAAUGAUACAUGGCUGUAGAAAAAAGGAGAAAAGAAAAAAUCAGUGAACAUCUCACCAUUUAUCUUUACUGACAUAUAUUUUCAAAUCUUCUAACCUAGUUCUUUAAAAAUUCCCAUUUUUUAAUAAUGGAAUGCUUUAGAUAUAUUUCCUUGAUUAGGUUGUGUAGGUGUUGUUGUUUUUUACAAUAUCAGUGUACAUCUUAAGUUAUACUUAUUGGACAUUUGUAUUUCUUCUUUUGUGAAUUUCCUAUUUAUAUCCUUUGUUCAUUUUUCUAAUAAGGUAGAUGUCUAUUGUUAAUGUGCUAGAUUUUUAAUAUAUUACUAUUAACCCUUUUGCACAGUUUUAUAUGGUUUUUGUAAAUAUUUGUAUUUGCCAUUAAUCCCUUGCCUUUUCACUUUAUUCUGAAGCUUCUUACUACGUUGAUUCCCACCUUCAAUUAGAAGUGAGUCGCCUUGUUUUCUGCAUAACCCUUAUUUUUGGCAUUGUGUUUGUGGGCAUCUCCUGUGAACUAUGCCUAAAGUUGUGUCCCGGUCAGUUGUCUGCUCCUACACCCGAGACCGGGAGGAAUAUGAGGAUGGCGAGAAGCCCCUCCACAUCUACUACUGUUUGUGUGGCCAGAUGGUUCUGGUGCUGGACUGUCAGUUGGAGAAAUUGCCCAUGAGGCCCCGGGAUCAGUCCCGGGUGAUUGAUGCUGCCAAACACGCCCACAAGUUUUGUAACACAGAAGACCAGGAGACUAUGUAUCUUCGCAGGCCUGAAGGCAUUGAACGACAGUACAGAAAGAAGUGUGCAAAGUGCGGGCUGCCACUCUUCUACCAGUCCCAGCCAAAGAAUGCUCCUGUGACCUUUAUUGUGGAUGGAGCAGUAGUCAAGUUUGGCCAGGGUUUUGGGAAAAUGAAUAUAUAUACUCAGAAGCGAGAGCCUCCUAAGAAGGUGAUGAUGACCAAACGGACUAAAGACAUGGGCAAGUUCAGCUCUGUCACUGUGUCUACUAUUGAUGAAGAGGAAGAGGAGAUUGAGGCCAGGGAGAUUGCUGACUCGUAUGCACAGAAUGCCAAAGUGAUUGAAAAACAGCUGGAGCGCAGAGGCAUGAGCAAAAGGCGGCUGCAAGAGCUGGCGGAACUAGAAGCCAACAAAGCCAAAAUGAAGGGGACUUUGAUUGACAACCAGUUCAAAUGAUUAGGACUUUUUUCUGAACCCAGACUAAAGGCAAGCAUUUAGACCAGGAGGCGAAAGAACUUUUUCUUGACUGCAUGGACUGGUUCCUACCUUUAUGCCCCAGCAAAAAGCGUAUGUUGCUCCCUACAUUCAGGGAGGUCUUUGAGUCCAUCUGACCUACUUUCUAGAAAUGAAUUUUUAAAAAUACAUGGAUCUUCUGUACUAUUUUUUGUCCAUUUGAUGUCAACUUCUUUAGUUGUAUAGAAACUCCGUGAGUAGACUAGUGCUUGAGUGUCUUUAGUUUCUAAAGUAGCUGUUCUUUAAUAAAAUAUUUAAAGAUUUUUUUGGAGGCGGGGAUGAGUCAUAUUAGUUUUUUUUCUGUUCAUUUUCCCUAUCCAUCUCUAUUCCAGGCUAUAUUCAUAUUUUUUUUUUUCUGAAGAAUGAUCAUCCUUCUUUAAAUAAAGUUUUUAUUCACCUCUGAAUAAUGAACAUUAAAAUUUUAGGGAAUUGUGGGACCAUUUUUUUAAUAUGAGUAUUAUGCCAACUUACAAGAAAAUCAGUGCCAGAAUAUCAGGGGAAAUGAUCAAUUUUCUGUCCUCACCCUCUUGGACCAACCAUUAAAUUUGACCCACUUAACCACUUGCUUCUUGAAAUAGUUUUCAGUUGGCUUCUAAAAUAGCACAUGCUCUGCGUUUUCCUUCUUCCUUCUUCUUCUGUAGUAGCCACUCCUCAAGUUUGUUGGUUUUUGUGUGUUGGUUCCCAGCUCCUCCUCCACUCUCCAGCCUAAAUGGAAAAGUACCUCAGGCCUCGAUCUUCUAGCCAGAUUCCCCACCUUGUCCAGUUUCACCUUUUAAAAUACCAUGUCUAGCUUGAAGAUUCCUAAAUUUGUAUUUCUAGCCAUCUCUCUUGAACUCUAAUCCCAUGUAUCAGACUGCCUACCGGUUAUCUCUAGUUGUCCAUCAUAGGCAUCUCAAAGAUAAAAUGUCCUAUAGAAUUCUUGAUUCUUGCCCCACUAGCUUCUCCUUAACUUUUCCCCUUCUCAAGUUAAUGACACUUUUUAAAAAAUUUAUUGGGAUGAUAUCGAUUUUAAGUGUAAAGUUCUAUGAUACAUGAUCUGUAUAUUGCAUUGUGUGUCCACCACCCCAAGUCAAAUCAUAAUCCAACACUAUAUACCUGGCCCCUUUGCUCUACAAUAUUUGCCUACCCCCUUCCCUCUGGCAACCAUCAUACCAUUGUCUAUGAGUUUCAGUUUUAUAUCCCACAUAUAAGUGAAAUCAUAUGGCUCUUGGCUUUUUCUGACUUAUUUUGCUUAGCAUAAUAUCCUCAAAAGUCCAUAUUGUCACAAAUGAUAGUGUUUCAUCUUAUGGCUGAGCAGUAUUCCAUAGUAUAUAUGUACCACAUCUUCUUUAUCAUCUAUUGAAGGACACUGAUUGUUUCUGUACUUGACCACUGUGAAUAGUGCUACAAUGAACAUAGGGGUGCAUAUAUCUUUGCGAAUAAAUGUUUUCGAGUUUUUCGGGUAUAAAUCCAGAAAAGGUAUUGCUGGAUCAUAUGGUAACUCUAUUUUUAAUUUUUAAAGGAACCAUCAUACUGUUUUCCAUCGUGGCUGUAUCGAUUUACAUUCCCACCAGCAGUGACUGAGGGCUCCUUUUUCUUCACAACCUCUCCAACACUUACUACUUGUCUUGAUGAGAAUGGCCAUUCUAACAGGUGGUGGGUGGCAGUUACCUCAUUGUAGUUUUGAUUUGCAUUUUCCUAAGAGCUAGUGAAGUUAAACAUCUCUUCAUAUAUCUUUUGGGCAUUUGUAUGUCUUUUUGGGAGAAGUGUUGAGGUCCUCUGCCCAUUUUUUAAUUGGAUUACUUGUUUGGUGUUGAGUUAUUUGAGUUCUUUAUAUAUUUUCAAUAUUAACCCCUUGUCAGAGCUAUU